AACAACGAAGAAGAAGAUGAAGAAGAAGAAGAGGAGAAGGAUCUUUUUGGGUCUGAUAAUGAAGAGUACACAAAGACACCUGCUUUAAGCACUUACUCUAUUCCUGUUUUGCCGCCUGCGGGAUGGAGCAAUGACAACCAUGGUGGGAGAAGAGGAAUGGGACGUGGUGGGCGUUGGCCUAAUGGGAGAGGAGGACCCGGGCUUCUUCCUCGUCCUGGUCCUUUCCCUGGAGGACGUGGUGGUGGCAGAUACCAGAAUUAUCAGCGUGAUGAGCGUUUUGUUUCUGAGCUUAAACUUUCCAAGAGUAAAGAAACUUUGUCUAGGAAAUCUACCGUCUUUCAGGAGCCAUGUGAGCUUACUAGCUACAGUCGUGUAGAAGGUGGAGAAGUGUGCUAUGAUGAGCGAGGAUUGAGGCUUUUCAAGCGUCAUGUUUCUGAAGACAUUGGAGCGGAUUUAAAUCAGGGUUAUGAUACUUUUAUUGAGAAAAUAGAUCUGGGCUCUGAGGGCUUUGGUGACCUACUUGGCAGCAUUAGAGCAAAAAACAUUUCGCUGGAGAACAUUCAUUUUGUGACAUUCCGUAAUAAUCUGAACAAGAUACUUGCUGCUGCUUACAAUCGGCAUGAGCCAUGGGAAAUGGGUGUGCAUAAGAGGAAUGGAACCAUAUAUCUAGAUGUGCAUAAACUGCCUGAAAGGCCACAGAGUGACUUAGAUCGCCGCAGAUGUUACUGGGGUUAUUGUUUCGAAAGCCUUGCAACGGAAGAUCCAGGAAGAGCAUAUGGGGAAGAAAUACAUCAUGUGGAUGCAAAUGUUGAGUUCUGUUCAGUUGUCAAGACUAAACUCGGAGCUCACCGUGUUCUGAUGGGUGCUGAAAUGGAUUGCUGCGAUGAAACUGAUGAAGGAAGGAGGAUUUAUAUAGAGUUGAAAACUACUCGCGAGUUGGAUGAUCGUACCGUAGAGAGAUAUGAGAGAGAGAAACUUCUUAAGUUCUGGAUACAAUCAUUUGUAGCAGGAGUCCCAUACAUUCUCGUUGGAUAUAGAGAUGAUGGAGGGAGACUAGUACGAACAGAAAGACUGAGAACCAAAGAUAUCGCACACAGAGCCAGAUUGAAGAACUAUUGGAAUGGAGCAGUGUGCUUGGCAUUUGCUGAUGAGGUUCUUUGCUGGCUAUACGGCACUGUGAAAGAGAAUGAAGAUUACACACUACAGUUCGUACAUCCAUUCAUGAGGCUAGAGCUUCUGCAAGCUCAAUCAUGUCCUGACGCCAUCACUAACCAUGUUCACCUUCUUCAACAUCCUUCAUCACCACCCCCACCUCAGUAAAACUCUCUUAGUUGAGUCUUUAUAGCGUUGAAGAUCAAAAUUCUUAUGAAUGAAAGUUUUGAUUUUUGUAUUUCUCUUUGUAACUUAAACAGUGAAGAUUUUAUUUUAAUUUUGGUUUAAAGUUGUUCUUGCAAAACGAAUAAUGAAUAUAACUUGGGCCGGGCCUGUUUAAGUCGGUCCAAGCCUUAUUAGUCGUACCUCGUGAGCAUCACGUGUCUC